CACGCUAUUAUUAUUCAUAUUGAAUUUUGCUCUCGCAGCCUCAGUCUCCAGACAGCGGCGCACGGUGUAACAGGUGGCUUUCAUCGUCUCGAGGAUUUUGGCCCCACCAUAUCUGAGAGUGUGUGUUGUCGUAGCCUGAUUUCGACCGGUGAAUGAUUGCCGUGUAAAAAUGAAGGGGUACUCAGCCACAUCACGUUGGGUCUAUUUGAUCGUCUGCCUCAUCGUUAUGGCUGAAUUAGUGACAGUCAGCGGCCGUGGACAUUCUAACUACCAGUCAUCCUUUGGGCCUAAAGAGCGAAGGAAACGCCAAGUGGAACAAAAUGACGCGCUCAGUCUGCUUUCGUCAUUGAGCCGACCAGCUGGCGGGACUCCCGCCGGGCAGACUGCAAAUGGUGCUGCUGCUAGUGCUAGAAAGCAAAAUUUUGAUUUGAGUCUGAAUGGCGGAAUUGUCAGUUUUCCUGGUAAAGUUAUUACCACAACAACCAGCAAAACUACGAACAGCAAAAAAGCAACGACUGCGAACAGCAAACUUACAACGACAACUAGCAAUCCGCCAACAAAAUUAAGCAUAAUUAGUCUCUCUGAUGUGCCAGAACUCAAAGAUGAUAGCUGGAUUCAGUACAUUGACAGCACAUCAAUGUUGUGGGUGCCAUGGGGCACCAUCAUACCGGGGUUCACUUCCGGCCGGGCAUACUAUCUGGGAUUUGGCAACCCGGAUUUCGCCUAUCAGACUUGUCUGACUCCUAUAAGUCAAUCUGGCCGAUGCCGUUUCGUCCAACACUGUGCCCUACCUGAAAUUAUAGUCACGUUGAAUGCCUUCGUGACUUACGUUUGUCCCAUCGGCAGCGAUUAUAUGGGAGUGUGCUGUCCAGAUAGUAUUCAGCAAACCAUUCUAACAACUCAGCCGCCACCUACUACAACCACAGCUGCAACUACUUUGACGACUGCUCCAACUCUUGCUAUGACCACAGUCUCAACAGCACAGGCAACUACUGCCGCACCUAAGCAAGCUACUAAGCUAGGUUGUGGCGAGCUCAUGAAACAAACGACAAGAAUCGUGGGCGGAGUUCCGGCCGAUAAGGGCGAAUGGCCUUGGAUGGCUGCUCUCCUCCGUGACCAGACCGAUCAGUAUUGCGGCGGAGUCCUCAUCACAGACCAACACAUUCUCACUGCCUGCCACUGCGUUGAUGGUUUCAAGCCGGAAGAUUUGACUGUUCGACUGGGCGAGUAUGACUUUAGUCAGGUGAGCGACGCUUGCCGGGAUUUCGGUGUGGAAGCCAUCUACAUGCACGAAUUGUACGACCGUCGAACGUUCAAGAACGAUAUUGCUCUCAUCAAGCUCAAGACUAAGGCCACGUUCAACAGCGACAUUUGGCCCAUCUGUUUACCUCCGUCCAAUAUUGUUCUCGACGGGCAGAGCGCUUUUGUCACAGGAUGGGGAACGACGUCAUACAGUGGCCAGACUAGCGAUAUCCUGUUGGAAGUGCUGCUACCUAUUUGGACUCUGGCUGAUUGCCAGAUGGCCUAUACUCAGUCAAUCGGUGAGCAACAGCUUUGUGCCGGAUACAGAGCAGGUGGCAAGGACUCUUGCCAGGGUGACUCUGGCGGUCCGCUGAUGUAUCAAAUAUCUACUGGGCGAUGGGCGGUAGUGGGUGUGGUCUCUUGGGGCGUACGCUGCGCAGAGAAAGACAAACCUGGCGUGUACACUCGAGUGUCUUCCUAUACAGACUGGAUAAAGGCCAAAGUUUUGGCUUACCAACCUUACCAACCAGUCACCAGCUGCGCCUUCCACAUUCUUCUUGAUGUGCUGAUACUGUCCUUUUCUCCUAUAUGCAUAUGUAUAUUCAAUCAAAUCCGUCCUAGACAUCCGUAA